UUUUCCGCUGGAUGAAGUUCUGCAUUGGAAGCUGAUGAUAUCUGAAGCCGCAGAGAGAGGAGGUUCCACUGACAUCUUAGGGGUUUGAUCCAGGAAGGGAAGAGCAAGUUCCUGAGGCAACUUUGCAGUGAGAAGAGGAGCCAGACGCACAGAAAGGCACCAGGGGGAGUUUAUUAGUGAUUGGGUUGUUGGGAUUAUGGCGUUGAAGGCCAAAGUGCUGUACGACUUCCACUCUGAAAACCCAGGGGAGAUCUCCAUAACCGAGAAUGAGCUGGUGACUCUGUUCAGCGAGGAGGAGCUGGAUGGCUGGCUGGAGGGGGAGAACGGCCGGGGGGAGGCAGGCCUCUUCCCUGCCUCUUAUGUGGAGAUCCUCAAGGACCACAUCACCUCCAACACCAACAACAACGGGGUCUCCUCCCGCAAGACCAAAGUCCUUCCUCCCACCCAGACCUCCUUCACGUCCACUGACUCCCAGUCCCAGAGGGGUCCCGAGGCCGGCAGCGUUAGUGGUGGCAGCUUCCAAACCAGUCAGGGCAGUGAUGACGACUGGGACGACGACUGGGAUGACAGCUCGCCUGCCACAGACGCCCCUCAGGGUCUUGGGACCUCGCCCCCCCUGUACGCGGUGACCACUUCCCUACCCGCCCGGCGUGGCAGCUCCAGGCAGCACCACCAGCAGCAGCAGGCCAAGAGCUCGGCCACGGUGGGGAGGAACCUCAACAGGUUCUCCACCUUCGUCAAGUCCGGAGGCGAGGCCUUCCUGCUCGGGGAGGCAGCCGCUCUGGUGAGGGAUGGGGACCGGAUCUGUGUGGUGAUGGGGGAGAGCGGGCCCGAGUGGCAGGAGGAUCCGUACCCGUUCACCUGCUCCAUCGACGACCCCAUCAGGCAGACCAAGUUCAAAGGCAUGAAGAGCUACAUGUCCUACGGCCUGACCCCGACGCACACCAACGUACGAGUCAACCGCAGGUACAAGCACUUCGACUGGCUCUACGCUCGGCUGGUGGAGCGUUUCCCCGUCAUCUCCGUGCCGCGCCUGCCGGAGAAGCAGGCCACCGGGCGCUUCGAGGAGGACUUCAUCUCCAAGAGGAGGAAGGGUCUGAUCUGGUGGAUGAACCACAUGAGCAGCCACCCCGUGCUGGCGCGCUGCGACGUUUUCCAGCACUUCCUGACGUGCGGGGCGGACGAGAAAGCCUGGAAACUGGGCAAGAGGAAGGCGGAGAGGGACGACCUGGUCGGGGCCAACUUCUUUCUCACUAUCAGCCCGCCUGCCGUUCCUCUGGACCUCCAGGAUGUCGAGAGCAAAGUCGAAGGUUUCAAGACCUUCACCAAGAGGAUGGACGAGAACAUUGUCGUCGUCAACACCACCAUCAACGAGUUCGCGCGCAAACAGAUCACAGGCUUCAAGAAAGAGUACCAGAAGGUGGGACAGUCCUUCAAGCUCCUGGCGCAGGCGUUCGAGCUGGACCAGCAGACCUACUCAGUCGGCCUGAAUGGAGCCAUCUCUUACACGGGAGAGACCUACGAGGCGAUAGGAGAGUAUUUCGCCGAGCAGCCGCGUCAGGACCUGGAUCCCAUCUCGGACCUGCUGGACCUGUACAGGGGACACCUGGACAAUUUUCCUGACAUCGUCCAUGUACAGAAAGGUGCACUCACCAAGGUGAAAGACUGUCCGAAGCAGGAAGGCGACCUCCACGACCGCUGCAACAUCAUUUCCUGCGCUACGCUGGCCGAGAUCCAACACUUCCACCGCACACGUGUACGGGACUUCCGCUCGCAGAUGCAGCAUCACCUCCGCCAGCAGAUCGGCUUCUUCCAGAAGAUCACGGCCAAGCUGGAGGACGCGCUGCACAGAUACGACGAUGACCAGUAAGGACGAGAGGGGGAGGUGGGGGGAUUCCUGAAGAGAGGGUUGAUGGAUGUGCUCGUCCGUUCGUAAUGGCGAACACCUGUAAGAGAGAACACCUUGGAGACCUGUGAAGUCACGGAUCCUGGGCUCUCAACUCUAUUAAAGAAAAUAUAGGCCACUGGGCUGUGGAAUGACAACUUCUGGUAUUAUCUGGACAGCUCUGAUGAAUGUACCAGUAACUGGGACUUUGCUGACGCUGCAUGCACAUCUGGCAACUCAGCGGGACUGCGGAGAUAUUAAAAACAGCUGCUUUUAAUAUGCCUGGGCUGCCUCUUGGUUCCAGGGCUUCGAGGGUCAUGUGAUCUCUGCAGGUCUCCACUGCCUACCACUCAAAACUAAAACAAUGGAUCUAACAAAGAGUGAAAAACUGGACUCGAUGAAUUUAUCUUUAUCUCUAUGUGUUGUUUUUACUUGAAUUACCUGCUCAGUAUUGUUUGGAUGGGACACAACAUUGUGCAAGUUUUUUUUUGUUUUUGAAAGACGAAGAGUGGGCAGAUUUGAGUCUGUUGAUUCUGUUUAGUGGUCGGAUUUUCAUCACAGCUUGAAAUUUGAGCAACUUGCAAUGUCUUCAUCUCACAGACAACAACACUGUCAUAUCUUUACGACACCACAACUUUGUGUCUUUGUGCCUUGAAUGACCCUGAAGCAACUGAGCUCAGACUGGAUGUGUUUCUCUGCUUGUUUUAGAGAAGCAGUUGUUUUCCUUUUUUUGGGAUGUUGUACUGAAACCAUCUGGGUUUCUGUUUUCCCUCAGUCCCAGGAGGUCAGAGGUCAGGCUCAGGGCACAGAUACUUCAGUGCUUUCCCGACUUUGGAGUUAUUUAAGUUACUGUGUGUUGGCUUUUCAUGUGAUUCAUGUCCGUUUUAAAUUCUUCCGGGGACAAUUUGUAACAAAAAAAUUUGACAAUCAUGGUGUUUUAUCGCUUUUAGCCCAUUUACGUCAGUGUCACUGAGGUGGAUCAGCCACAGAAGCUGCUCUGUAGUUGACCACAGCGUCUAAACUCCCAUUUGGGGGCAAUAAGUUAGAUUUAUUUUAUGUUGUGUACACACAGUACCGUUACGUUUGGUGUCUCUACUUUGUAUAUCCGCUUGCUACUUCAAAACAUUCCGUUAAAGCAACCGGUAGCAAUGGUUUGUUGUGAGAUCUAAAGGAUAAGAAUACCACUGGUGAGCUUCUCAGUAGCUUAUGUUCUGAAUAAUGUCAAUAUAACAGGUUUAUGAACAUAAGCAAUGAUACCUGAGAUAACAGGAGAACAUUUUGACGUUCCGAACCAAUGAGCACUUACGGUAUUACAUGAAAACUCAGUACUCAUGGGUCUGACCGCACCCAUUUUUCAAACUUGGCCUCCGUGUCAAUCCCAACUGAACACCUGGCUAAAAUCCGUAACUGUGUCGUGCGCAAUUAGGAAACGACAUUGACGUCAUUGGGGUGAAAAAUCUGUCCAGAGGUCGAGGGACAUAUAAACGCCUGCCAAAGUACUCACAAGCACCUCGAGUUGUUCCUGCUGCCGUGGGUGUAUCCAGGACCAAGUUUCACCACGACACACACACACACACACUGUUGCGGCUGGUGAUUACCUGAAUGCAUCACAGGUUCAGUUUUACACUCAUAUAGUAAAUCUGGUGGAUGUUUCAGUUUCAGGUUUGACCUUGACGUUCCUCUCCUGGUUUCUAACGGGGUGAACCAGCAGCCUGGUCGUUGUUCUCAGCGACUUUUCCUGAAUCAUAUAAUUUACUUUGAAUGUAAAUGUUUGUAAACACACUUUCGAUGUAACAUGGUGAGGCAACAUUUCAGUAUAUGCGUGAAAUACAGUAAA